AUGACCUCUGAAGCCUUCAAACUGAAAGGUCUCUCUGAACAAGUCAACAACGACUUUGUCAUAGACGCUGGAGUAAGGCUACAAGCUCACUUGGUCAUAGAUACUGAGGAAAAGGCCAGGAAGGAAGCAGAAGAGAAAGCUCGCCUGGAAAAAGAGCAACGAAUCAGAGAAGUUGAAGAGAAGGUUGUUGUUGAAGUUGUUUUUGCGGCUGCUGCUGAAGCUGAGGCAAAAGCUAAAGUCGAAGCUGAAGAAGUAGCACGCAUUGCUGCAGAGGAAGCUGCAAAGGCCAACGCUGAUGCUCUGACUCAGGGGGAGCAAUCUAACUCUGGUCUCGCCCCUCCGGUACUGAAAAUUUUGGAGGAACUGCAAAAGGAACAACAAGUUGUGAGAGCUAGGUUGGAUCACCAGGACUCCGUCAACAACAACAUUCAGAACCUACUAACUCAACUGCUCCAAAGGAUGCCUCUGCCUCCAAACCCUUAG